UCCCAAAUUUAACCUUAGCUACUACGUAAACAAUAUGGCGGCAAAGUGUUAGAGACUGUUACGAUUUCUCUGUUUUGUGUCCUGUUCAAAAUGCCUAAAAAGGGGAAAAAGGGAGGAAAGAAGAAGGGAAAGAGUGCCUCAGGUAAACAUGACUCGGAUAAAGUGGAAGGUUUGGAGGCUGAUGCCGGUACAAUGAUGGACAUCACUGAUGCUGAUGGGAAACUUAAACCUGGCAGUGCAGCAGAUGGAAAAGGAGGGAAAAAGAAGAAAAAGGGAAAAAAGAAAAAGAUUUCCACAGCAGACAAAGCUUUGGAAAAGCUGGAAAAGGCUGCUGAUAAACUAAAGGCAAACAAAUUUUUCUUCAUUCCGUUUGUGAAUCGUAUGGAUCGUUGGUUAGCAGCUAAUUCUCGAUUGGCUGUUGAACUCUUUAAGAAAUGUGAUCAAGAGGAAGAAGGAUAUAUCAACUACGAUGAUUUUAAGUCAGGCAUGUUCGACCUUGGUGUUAUCUGUAACAGGACAGAGUUACAUUUACUGGCCAAGUUGAUGGAUAGGGAAAACAGUGGUGACAUUGACUAUUACGAUAUACCUAAAGGUCUACAGUACGUCCGAGAACUGGAGGAGAUGGACAAAGAGGCAGAGGAGGCUGAAAAUAUUCUCGUCAAAACAGACAGAAAUAUGGAACACUGUAAAAAGUGUAAGAUGGGGAUUAAUGGACCCAGCAUGAUUAAAAAUCCCAGGUAUUUGCUACUAGAGUUGGUGUUUGUGACAUUCCACGCAAAUGCAGACCACCCCUGGCAUUUGGAGGAGUUGGUCCAUACCCACAUACCAGUAUGUGGUCUGUUACAACUAAUAGCUGAGCUAACUGGCAUCCAGUCCACCAAACUGUCCCUGUUCAGUGACAAGUCUCGUAAUCGUGAGGCCAUGCUGCCCCCUGAUAUGACCCUAAAAGAGCUAGGGUAUGAGGGGGCCUCUCAGAAUGAACCAGAGGAAACUACACUGUAUUAUGACUAUAAGGUGGAAUUCACAGACUGUCCAGUAUUACUUUGUGAUCAUUAUUUUGGAGAGGAAAUUAAAUUAGGACAGCGUUACAGACCACCUGAAAGAACUGCCAAAAUCAAGAAAUGACAUAAUUAUGCUCCUGUGAUUUAGCUAUAACGUCAACAAGAUCCGUUCCUAAGGAAUUGUGUGUAAUAUCAGCAAAUUUCUGGUUAUCAAGUAAACAUUGUAUUGAACAAUCUCAUGGUGUCAUUUGGUUUGAUCCCAGGAACCAGGACAGCAUACAAUGUAGGCCUAGAUGUCAAACACUUUGGUCCGUAGAACCAACAUAUGUCUAUUCUCAGGCUCAUACAUAUGUACAUGUAGCAACUUCAGUCUGUAGAAUAAUUUAUUAUAUACCCUGGAGUGUAAUAUACACUGGAGUGUUAUAUUUAUUAUAAAUGUCCUACACAUAUCUAGAUCCAGUACUGUGUAUGCAGCAUACACUCAGGUCUGUAGACCCAGAACUGUGUUUACAUCAUACACCCAGGUCUAUAGACCCAGAACUGUGUAUACAUCAUACACUCAGGUCCAUAGACCCAGAACUGUGUAUACAUCAUACACCCAGGUCUGUAGACCCAGAACUGUGUAUACAUCAUACACCCAGGUCUAUAUACCCAGUACUGUGUAUACAUCAUACACCCAGGUCUAUAGACCCAGAACUGUGUAUACAUCAUACACUCAGGUCCAUAGACCCAGAACUGUGUAUACAUCAUACACUCAGGUCUAUAGACCCAGAACUGUGUAUACACCAUACACUCGGGUCUAUAUACCCAGAACUGUGUAUACAUCAUACACUCGGGUCUAUAGACCCAGAACUGUGUAUACAUCAUACACCCAGGUCUGUAGACCCAGAACUGUGUAUACAUCAUACACUCGGGUCUAUAGACCCAGAACUGUGUAUACAUCAUACACUCGGGUCCAUAGACCCAGAACUGUGUAUACAUCAUACACUCGGGUCUAUAGACCCAGAACUGUGUAUACACCAAACACCCAGGUCUGUAGACCCAGAACUGUGUAUACAUCAUACACUCGGGUCUAUAGACCCAGAACUGUGUCUACAACAUACACUCAGGUCUGUAGACCCAGAACUGUGUAUACUUCAUACACUCAGGUCUAUAGACCCAGAACUGUGUCUACAACAUACACUCAGGUCUGUAGACCUAGUACAUCAUACACUCAGGGUGAUACUAUGUGUAUGUGUCGUGUUGGUCCAUAGAUCUUAUUCUGUGUAAAUAUUGUUUAGAUCCAGUAACGAUCGGUGAGUUCCUUUGUUACUGUUAUUUACAUGUUGCCUGGUGCUGGUCAUCGUUGAUUUAUAUGAUGUGUAUGUAGGAUGAUAUGAACAUGUAUUCAGGCACGUAGCGUCCAUGUGAGCACAUAGGCCUGUGCUUGCACAUUGUUUUCUAAAAUAUGUGGAUUUAAAUCAAGAAUGAUAUAUCGCUUGACCUUUGUUCUGACAUCAAUAAAGCUUUUGCGUCUGCACUACUGUAACAUACUGAA